UACCUGUCCUCUUCUGCAUCAGAAGUGUGCAUGCGAUCUUCCUUUGCGAGUGCAGGCAAUUCCUAAGGGCGUAGCACCUGCACCUGCACCUGCAUGGCUGGCCACCUGUGAAUCGCGCCUCACCUUUCCCUUUCCCCGCACGCCAACCUCCUCCCAUUCACCACCACCUCCACCACUUCCUCCUCCUCUCUGCCAACAUGUUCCUCAAGAAACUGGCGGGCUUUCCCCGUCUGCUGUUAGCCGGCAAUCCCACCAAAUAUGAAGUCGGCACUCUCCUGACCGGCAUCGUCGCCGCCAUUGGCGCUGGCGUCCCCUUCCCCAUUAUCGGUAUCAUCUUCGGUGAAUUGCUCGACAACUUCAACUCCAUCUCCUGCGCGGAAUCCAACGGCGAAAGCGACGACUCCGACCAGAGCAGCAUCAACCACGAGAUUCUCCUGAUCGUCUACCUGGGCAUCGCGCAAUUCGUCCUGAUCUACGUCCACCUGACCUGCUGGACCCUCUCCGGGGCUCGCCUGUCCCAGCGUCUUCGCGAGAAAUACCUCCGCAACCUCAUCCGCCAGGAACCCUCCUACUUCGAUAAGCUCCCCCCGGGCGAAGUGGCCUCCCGACUCAGCAGUGACAUCCAGACCAUCCGCUCGGGCACCAGCGAGAAGGUCGGCAUCGUGCUGUCCAGUAUCUCCUUCUUCGUGACCGCGUACAUCGUCGCCUUCAUCAAGGACUGGAAGCUGGCCGCCGAGCUCCUGUCCCUGAUCCCCGCCUACUUCCUCAUGUCCUUUAUCGGCAGUCACUACAUCGAGAAAUACUCCGGCUCCAUGUCCGACUAUGCCGCCACCGCCGCCUCCAUCGCCUCCGAGGCCCUCAACAACCUGGUCGUCGUCCAGGCCUUUGGCGCCAACGUCCGGCUCGAGAAGAAGUUCGCCUCCGCGCUCAAGUCCGCCGAGACCGAGGGGCUGAAGAAGGCGACCGCCGUCGGUGUGCAGGCCGGGUUCUUAUACUUCAUCGCCUACUCGGCCAACGGUCUGGCCUUCUGGCAGGGCGCGAAGCAGGUUGCGGCCAAUGUCCGCGACGGCACCAGUGGCGUCAGCGUCGGCGCCGUCUUCACCGUCAUCUUCAUCCUGGUCGAAGCCACCCUCCUGCUCAGUCAGACGGCGCCCUUCCUCCAUCUGUUCAUCGCCGGUGUCGCCUCCUACGAGAAGCUGCGCGAGGACAUGGACCGCCAGCCGCAGAUCGACGCCACCACCACCGAGGGCCUGCGGCUGCCCGACGGGCAGGCCCAGGGCGGCUUCGAGCUUAAGGACGUGACCUUUGUCUACCCCUCGCGCCCGGAGAUCACCGUGCUGGACAAGGUCAGCCUCAGCAUCCCCGCCAAGAAGCACACCGCGCUGGUUGGCUUGUCCGGCAGCGGCAAGUCGACCAUCGCCGGCCUGGUGACGCGGCUGUACGACCCCGUCGACGGCCAGAUCCUGUUCGAUGGACACGACCUGCGCGACAUCAACACCCGCGAUCUGCGCAGCUACCUGAGUCUCGUGCAGCAGGAGCCCUCGUUGCUCGAUCGUUCGCUGCUGGAGAACAUCGCCCACGGCCUGAUGAACUCGAGCAACCCGGAGCAUCACCGCUUCAAGGAAACGCUUCUCACGACCCAGCUGGAGGAACUCGCCGCUGAGGCGCGCGAGGGUAAGGAUUUGAUGGCGGCGGCGCAGAGUCGCGGCGCCGAGGUUCUGGAGGUGGUGCAGAUGGUGAAGCACGCGGCCACGCUGGCCGAUGCCGACACCUUCAUCAGCGCCUUGCAGUAUGGAUACGGCACGAUGGUGGGGUCGAGUGGCCGACUGAUCAGCGGUGGACAGAAGCAGCGCGUCUCGUUGGCGCGUGCCCUGAUCAAGGACCCUGCCGUGCUGAUUCUCGACGAGGCCACCGCGUCGCUGGACUCACGCAGUGAGCAGCGCAUCCAGCGCGCCAUCAACAACAUCGCCAGCGGCCGCACCAUGAUCACCAUCGCCCAUCGCCUGUCGACCAUCACCGGCGCCGACAACAUCGUCGUUAUGCACAAGGGUACGAUCGUCGAGCAGGGCGACCACGCCACCCUGAUGGCCCGGGGCGGCGCGUAUGCCGACCUCGUCAAGCUGCAGGGCAUGUCCUCGACCUCAGACAAGGACGAUGCUCCCGCGGCCGACACCGCCAGCCGAUCGGACCAGCCCUCAUUGACGGACGUCGAGAUCGAGAACGAAAAGGCCAGCCUGGCCAACACGGAUGAACCCACGGAAAAGACCCCGGGGGUGCACGAAGGCCCGGCCUCGGACGCCAGCAACAACAACAACAACACCCCGGAAGAGGCGGAUCCCGAAGAGCUCAACACUCCGAAGAAGUCCCUUUGGGCGCUGGCCAAGGGCUACGCGCCGGCCCUCCGUCCCCACCUCCUGUACAUCCUCCUCGCCCUGAUCGGCUCGGCCAUCGUCGGUGGUGCCUUCUCAGGCGAAGCCGUCAUCUUCGGUAACACGGUGGGCAGCCUGAACCCGUGCAAGGGGGCAUCGAGCAUCAGCAGCAGCGGCAACUUCUACGGACUGAUGUUCUUCAUCCUGGCGAUCAUCGAGUUCUUCGCCAACGUGGUCAGCUGGGCGGGCUUCGGGCGCAUCUCGGAGAAGAUCGUGUACACGGUGCGGGUGCUGUCGUUCCGGUCGCUGUUCGAGCAGGACCUGCAGUGGCACCAGUCCGAGGGCCGCACGCCGGCGCUGCUGCUCUCGUUCAUCACGCGCGACGGCCAAGCGCUGGCCGGGCUGAGCGGCUCCGUCAUCGGCACCGUCAUCUCCAUCACCAUCAACCUGAUCGCCGCCAUCGUUAUGACCCACAUCAUCGCCUGGCGCAUCGCCCUCGUGUGUCUGGCCCUCGUGCCGCUCCUGCUGGGCGCCGGACUCAUGGAGCUGCGCGUGCUCGGCAAGUUCGAGGAGAAGCACGAGAACGCCUACACUAAGUCCGUCGACAUCGGCGUCGAGGCCAUCACCUCCAUCAAGGCGGUCGCCUCGCUGGCCCUGGAGGAGGUGACUCUACGCACCUACCGCCGCUCGCUACGGGGACCCCGCAAGGAGACCCUGCAGGUGACGCUGCAGGCCAGCUUCUGGCAGGCGAUGACCUACUUCUUGGGGAACAUGGUCAACGCCCUGGCCUACUGGUGGGGCGCCAAGCAGAUCUCCAACGGCAACUACACGCAGACCCAGUUCUUGAUCGUCGUGUUCUCCCUGCUGGUCAGCGCCCUGCUGUGGAGCCAGAUGUUCGCGCUGGCGCCCGAGCUGACGGCAUCCAAGGGCGCCAUGGCGCGCAUUUUGGGGCUGAUCGAGAUCGGCUCCGACAAGAUGCGCGGCAACGUGGACCGGCUGCCGCCCGCGCUGUCCGGGGACAUCGAGUCCGACGCUGUUGUGCACGAGAAGCGCGUCGGCGGCGGUGGUGCCUCCACCGUGCAGCUUCGUGAUGUGCACUUCUCCUACCCGGCGCGCCCGGACAUUAAGGUGCUGAACGGGCUGAGCGUGGACAUCCCGGCGGGCAAGUUCGCGGCGCUGGUGGGCCCCUCCGGCGCGGGCAAGUCGACGAUCAUCUCGCUGGUGGAGCGGCUGUACACGCCGUCGGCCGGGUCGAUCCUGGUCGACAACCUGGACGUGACGCAGACGCGGGGCGUGUCCUUCCGGGACACGAUCUCGCUGGUGCCGCAGGAGAGCGUGCUGUUCGAGGGCACGAUCGAGUUCAACAUCAGCCUCGGCGCGCCGCCGGGCCGCGACGUCACCCUCGACGAGAUCCAGGAGGCGUGCAAGCUGGCCAAUAUCCACGACACGAUCAUGGCUCUGCCCGACGGCUACCAGACCAUGUGCGGCCCCAACGGCAGCCAGUUCUCGGGCGGCCAGAAGCAGCGUCUCAGCAUCGCGCGCGCGCUGGUUCGUAAGCCCAAGCUGCUGAUUCUGGAUGAGUCGACCAGCGCGUUGGACGCCGAGAGCGAGAAGUUGCUGCAGGAUGGGUUGGAAAGGGCUGCUAAAGGCAUCACGGUCGUGGCGAUUGCGCACCGGCUGAAUACGAUCCGCAAGGCGGAUGUGAUCUUUCUGAUUGAGGCGGGUCGGUGUGUGGAUUCUGGCACGCACGAGGAGCUGCUUGAGCGCUCGGAGAGUUAUCGCGCGAAUGUGUUGCAUCAGACUGUGGCUUAG